UAACAUUUAAAAAAAGAAUUGUUUUUAUGGAUUUAUCUGAAUUCCUAUUUAAAUUUAGCUACACCAUGUGUAGGCGGAGUCAUUAGAUUUUAAUAGAGACAUGUGAAUGUUCUUACUGAUGUGUAUUCACAUGGAAACUUACCUUCUUUUGUUAUGUCGCUGCAUGAGAUGACUGUCAAAGAUACGUCCCAACCCAUGGCGAAAAGACAAAAGAUUGAGUCGGAUAAAUCCUAUGCAAAAGAUAUGCAAGCAUCGGACAUUUCAAAAGAAGAAAGACCAUCGGAUGAAGAAGUAAUUGGUGUAAUAAUAGCUGCUACACGUACGGAAGACAUUAACACAGUAGACUUUAGCUAUAAUUCUUCCGAUUUUAAAGUAUCACCAGGUGAAGAGCCAUUAUCUGAUUCGGACAUUCCACCAAGACAGAAAAGGGAUAAAAAGAAAAAAGCAUACGAAAGGAGAAAAGUCAGAGAAGCUUUCAGCAGAUAAAGGACCAACAAAGUGACUCAACAAACAUAAUUGAUCAAACUAAAGUUUAAUUGAAAAUGUUUUAAUGCUUUAUUUGUCAAAAGUUUGUAUCAACAAUGAUCUCAAAAAAAUUGUUGUAAUUAUUGUACUGUAGUGGUUGGUCUGCUAAGCGCCGCUGCUAAGUGCAGAUAAAUGUUGCUUCAAGCUAUUUUUAUUAUUGAUGAUAAUAUAGGUUUAUUGAAUUUUACGCGUAUAAGAGAGAUUCUUGCUUCAAUGAAAAAAGGUGAUUAUUUCAAAGUCAGAUUUUGUCAAAUAUAAGUCCAAUGUGUUAAAAAAAAUCCAACUUAUAUCUUACCUUAAUUAUUUGAGUUAUGUCUAACCUUAAUUGAAAUAUUAGAUUAAGGCAAACAGAAAGUGAGUAGUAUUCUCAUGGCAAUUACAUUUUAUAAACCAGUACAGUAUUACUUCCUUACGCGUAAAUAUACGGUUUUUGUGAUAAAGGAGAGACAACAAUUAUGCAUGAAAAUGCACUAGUUUAGGAAUUUAAAACUUGUGUUAUCAUUAUAUGAUCGAUAAUAUUACUAAUACUUAAAUUUCAGUUCGAAACACUAUGUUCACGUGAUCAUUAUUUAUUGCAGUUUAUGGCAUUUUUAUAUAUGCUACAGAAAAAUAUUAACGAAUAGAUAUACUUAAGAUUAAAAUAAUUAAUUGUAGCAUUCUCUUAUCAUGCAAUAUAUUUUAAUUGGUAAUAAAAAGAAUCCAUGAACAUGUACUUACAUGUCCUAAUGAGCUAAAUGUUGCAAUUCUAAUGUAACAAUUUUCAUAUGAAGGAAAAAAGUUUUCUGUCGAAUAUUAGUAUGUCAUAAGUAUAUCAUACACAAUGAUAAGCUAACAUAAUUUUAGGGAGCACUCAAGUUUGUGCAAUACCAUUCAGUAUUUAAAUAUCAAUUACCAAUUAUCUUUACAAACGUACCAUUACUACUACUUGAACCACAUAAAUUAUGAUAAAUAGUGUGCAAUAUAAUUCGCUACGUAUCAUGUAAAGUGAUACGCCUGUAUAUCAUUUUCUAUUUUACAAAAAAAAAAAAAAAAAAUUAAAGACAAAUCAUUUUUCAAAUGUUUUAUCAUGAAGGCAAAAUGGAUUCCAAAAUACAGAGGAAUUUAUCAUUUUUCUGGUCUAAAACAGUAUUGCUUUACUUUUCUUUAUAUUUCUGAGUAUUUUUUUCAGUUUAUUUAGAUGUAAUUAAUAUAACGUUAUAUCUAGGGAAUGGUAUUGUAUAAAAUGUUUUACACGAAAUUGUGUUUGAUAUUUAAGAUUAGAAAGACCAAACCUUGCAUGUGUGUGCAAUGCUGUAAACAGAUUCAUUUUAAACUUGAAUCAUACACUAUAUUGCUCUAUCGUCAAAAGUUGAAACUAAAUAUAUCAAUGACUGAUAAAUCGUUUGACAUUGUCGUCCAUCGACGGUACUAGUUCUUGAAGAGGACAUGAAAUGUGAAUAUUAUCAUAUGGUAUAUGUAAGCAAACAGUUUAUGUAUUUGUUAAAAAAACUCUACUUAUUUUACACAUUUUUAUGAAAAAAUGUUUGUUUUUAAAGUCUAUCAAAUUUUCUAGUGUUUAAUUUUAAGUUAUAGGCAAUUUUAUGCUAAGUCAAAAACUAUACAUGUAACAGUUUUUCAGAAAGUUUGUAUCACUGUUUGUUUGACUGGUUUAUAGUCAAAAACAAAACAAGAGUUACAAAAUUUUCAACAUAGCAUAAGUUGAAGUGAGACAAUUCAAAAGCAAAUUUAUAGUUUAUGAUUUAAAAUACUUUUUACUGUAUUUAAUUGAUCAGCUCUAUUUGUAAAAUAUGAUAUUCAUCAGUGACAAUUAUCUAAGAAACAUUGUUUUGUUAAAUGACCAAAUUUAUUUUCGAAAUUUGUUGAUGCUAUUAAGUGUUUUAUUUGCAAUAUAUGUCAUGGUUAAUCCCUGAAAAACAGCUACAAUAAAAAGUUAUUGACUCUUUAAAAAUGGGAAAAUGCAAAACAUUUUCUCCGAUCCUGCAUGUUUGAAAAUAUAUCUAUAGUUUAGAGUAAGCAGUAUUCUAUUGAUAUAUCAUGUUAAAUAUUAAUGCAAACGGUACAAAAACAAGCUUUCAUUGAAAACAUAUACUAAUUCAUUUCCUUUAUAUCUUUAAAAGUUGUGUGAACGUUAUUCACAUCGUACAAUCUACACAUGCCAGGUUUGAAGUAAAUUGACACAUGUACAUAAGCACGGCAGUAAGGUUCACCGCCUCAGUAGCCUAGUGGUAAAGCAUCCUUCUCCAGUGCGGAAGGUUGUGGGUUCGCUCACCAGCCGCGUCAUACCACAUAUAUAAAAAUGGUACGAGUAGAUUUCAUCGCAUCAUGCUCAGCAGUAUUCUGGAUAGCUCUAGAGUUAGACAACCCGGUGUCAGCUUAUUGUGACUGGAUGGAAUAUCAUGUCACGUGUCCACGGCGUGAUAUUUCAGUGAGACAGCUGUCACAAAUAGACAUCGUCGUGUAUAUGACUGAAAAAUUGUUGAAAACGACGCUUAACCAAAACACAUGCACACACUUCUGUAAGGUUCAUUUUUCGGGGUGACUGCUUUAUUUGUGUAAUUUGAUACACCACCUUAUAACAACUGACACCUUAUUACAACUGAUAAUAUGUUUAUUUGCAUUUUGUGCAAACCUGUCUCAGUAAAUCUUGUUUUUCUGUAUUUUGAAUAAUUUUUGACAAACUAUAUUCGAUUAAAGGGAAACAACUAAGAUUCAAUUUUGUAUUCCAUAAUAUACCAAAACUAUGAUGUAAAGUUGAUGACAUGAAAAACAAACAAAACAAAAACGGAAGCAAAAUAUUCGGGAAUAUUUGUACAUAAUAUUGUUAUAACCUUUACCAAUGCAAUGUUAAGAAUGUUUCAAUCUAUCAUUGUUUUCUUUAUUUUGAGCUUUUUGUAACAAUAUGUAUGCAGAUAAAGAUAAGCAACUCAAGAAGUAUUAUGUAAAGCAAAAAAUGCAAACGCUUCAAUGCGUAAACAUGUGUUACGAAAUAAUGAUAAACAAAUGAGUCUUACGAAAUUUUGUAUAGCUUAUUAUAUGUUGAAACACUUUAUGGUUAAAAUAAUAAUAGUUUUUGAGAAAUUAUGGACAUUUGUAUGCAUUUCAAAGCUUUUUAUUUUCAUACCUACUUUAAUAGACCUUGUAUACGUGACUAAAACUACAAAACUUGUUCAUAAAGAAUGUUACAAAGCAAAACCAAACUAUUCUAAAAUUACAAUUUAUUCGUUUAUUGUGUUAAGAGAAAGCACAUUUAACACAUGGAAUCUUAUUAUUUUCCCCGUAAAAAGUAUUCUGUCGCAAAAGCUUUUGCAAAUUAUUUAACUUCAGUUUGCUUGUUGAUAUUAACAUUGUAAACAAAUAAAGGGAAGCAAUACUGAUAGAAAUUUGUAUACCAGUGUACUUGCAAAUGUGUCCAAAGUUCAAACAUAAUUGUAUUAUUGCAUUAUGGAAGAUGCAUGUCAACAUUAUAAACAUAAUCAUAAACUAGUUACUUCAAUUCUUUAUUUUUAAAUGUAAACACACGAUCUUUUUAUACAUCAUUAUUUUUAAAAGUAGUUUGAAAAUCAAGUAUUUUGGUGUUUGUACACUGUCGUUUUGAUAUUUCUUUUUUGUAAGGGAGAUGAUGUGUGCUUUUAAGCCAAACAAGUGUAUGAUUUGAAAUGAAGUAAAAGUAUACUUGUAAUGUUAAAUUGAUAUGAAUCUUGGUUUAACAUUUCCGUUUUAUAUUUAUACUGCUUCCAUCGAAUGUAACAACUCUUGAAGAGGAAAACUUAUGAUUGAAUUAUUGUAUCCAUCAUUUUCAAAAUGACUGUUGUUACCUAUUUGGCUGGUUAUUCUUUCAAAUAGAUUCACCGGAACAAUUAUACGCAUGCGCAUACUGUACUGUUAAAAGCAGGCUUUCAAUUUCUGUGCAAAAAUAUGUUAUUGUUACCAAACAUAAACGAUAUAUGCAGAUAUAUUAAGUUUAUUUGAAUCAUGUUAUUGUAUGUUAUAAAGUGACUUGAAACAUAUCUUGAAGUUUGUGUUAUUGUGUGUAUAUUGAACAAGAUAUAAUAAAAAUGAUAAUCAUUA